GGUUGAAUGUAUCAAUCAUCCGCGAGACAUGUUGACCGAACGGCGUUCCAUCGGGCCUCUGAGAUACUCUCUUCUUCGCGAACGCGAGUUCAAACCACUACAUAUUCUUACGAAGUCAACAUACAUUAAGUCCGGAUCGGGGGCGCGUAUAUGGUGUGUGUAUAUACGCCUUUUUAUUUUUCCUCCCUUUUCUUCGUUUGGACCAUCAUAUCUACGACGAUAAGCUACGAUUACGACGAUUUCCCACAGGCGCAAAGAGGCACGGCAUUUUUCCAUGGCAUGUUUUCUUUCUUUUCCUCUUUCCUCUUCCAUAUUUUGAGGUGGAGUUUUUUUUUUCCUCUCUUCGUUUCUGGUUUUCCUUUGGUUCGAUUGGAUUCGAAGAUAUUUACUCUUCUUCCUUUUUUUGGAGGGGGAUAUUGGGGGUGAUUUGGUUGAUGAGUUUCUGGACUAUGUGGAGGAAGAUUUGUUGUGUGGAGGGAGAUUUGUUGUGUGGAUGAGAGAUGU